UCUCUCGGGACGACUCAGAUAGUUGUUGGGUCCUCUCUCUCUCUCUCUCUCUCUCUCUCUCUCUCUCUCUCUGCACGUUGAAACCGUUUCUUUUCUAGAGAGAGAAAGUCCUCCCCUUUUCUCAUUCUCUCUCUCUCUCAACCCAAAAUCAAUGAGAGAGAAAGAGCGAAUUCCCAAGUGACCCGAGCAAGCUUGGAAAAUGGAGUUCGUCGGGAGAACUGUGCGGAAAGACCUCGUCGUCGGCACUGUCAAAUCCUACUCCCCCUCCUCCGGAUUCUUCCGUGUCCUUUUCGAAGACGGAACUUCCCAAGACUUCGACUCCGCCCACCUCUCUCCUCUCCUCCUCCUCUCCGAACCCGACCCGGUCAAGCCCGCCCGACCCGGCCGCAGGCCCAAGAAACGACGCCGCACUGGUAAUUCUGCUCACGAUUCUGAGCGCGUUGGUCAUUCUGGUGAUGUGAGAGUCGCGAUUGAUUUGAAUGCGGGGUUUAAUUUUAGCUUGAACGAUGAUAAUGAUGCUGAAAUUAGGGAUUGUAUUGAUUUGAAUUUGGAUGCCACUGGCUGUUGUGAUUCGGUUGAGAAUUUCGAUGGGGCUGGCUCCAGUGUUGUAGUGACUCCCCAAGGAACCAAGAGGAGGGGCUGCGAUUUCGAUUUGAACUUGGAGCUGGCCGAGGAGCUUAGGGAUGGAGAGAGUGACUGCGUUACUCCUAAGUUUGAGAGGAUUGAAGAGAUGAGUGGAGAUUUGAUAGGAAACGCAGUUGAGGAUGGUAAUGCUGGUGUGGAUCGGAAGCUCGUGUGUAUUGAUAUCCAUGAAGAAGUUGCGUUGGACGGCGGCAUCGAGUGUGGUGUUGGGGAUUUGAACACCAGUGCUUUGGAGGAUAAUGGUGUGGUGGUGAAAGAUGAUCCUUCUGAAGCUGUUACUCCACUGACACAUGUGCAGCUAGGGGAUUUGGCGAGUCCCAGCGUUCAAAAGAGUAGCCGAAGAAAGAGAAGGAAGGUGCAGGACAAUUCGGUGUCUGCUACUACGGGGACAGUUUUGAGGAGAAGUUCUCGCAGGGGAUCUGCUCGAAAUCAUGUUUCUGCUGGUGUUUGUAGUCCGGUGCAGUCUUCGGCGGGCGCUGAUGUAGCAGGGGAUGCACUAGUGGUUUCUGGCAGUGAAGAAGCUGAUAAGCCUAGUGUUGCUCCUCAGAAGCUGGAAUUGCCUCCGUCGUCACAACAUUUGAAUUUAGAGGAUGUUCCUGUGCUUGACCUUUUUUCUAUCUAUGCCUGUUUUAGAUCAUUCAGCACUCUAUUGUUUCUGAGUCCCUUCAAGUUGGAGGAUUUCGUGGCAGCACUGCAAUGCAAGUCUCCUAGUUUGUUAAUUGAUUCUGUUCAUCUUUCUGUUCUGCAAACACUAAGAAAGCAUUUGGAUUCCCUUUCAAAUGAAGGUUCCGAAUCUGCUUCUCAUUGUCUAAGGAGUCUUAAUUGGAAUUUUCUGGACUUAAUUACGUGGCCGGUUUUCAUGGUUGAGUACUUUCUGAUUCAUUGUUCAGGAAUGAAACCUGGAUUUGACCUGAGUCACUUUAAGCUUCUAAAAAGUGACUACUAUAGUCAGCCUGCUUCUCUAAAAGUUGAAAUUCUCCGCUGUCUAUGUGAUGAUUUGAUAGAAGGGGGAGCCAUAAAGUCAGAGAUUAACAGAAGGUGUUCAACAUCUGAACAUGACAUGGUUUUUGAUCGUGAUGUCAACUUUGACGUCUGCAAGAAAAGGAGGACUUCUGUGCAAGUUGCUGGUGGCUCCAGUUUGAAUGAUGAAGAUGUUGAUGAAACUCCUGACUGGAAUAGUGAUGAAUGCUGCCUCUGCAAGAUGGAUGGAAAUUUAAUAUGUUGUGAUGGCUGCCCAGCAGCUUACCAUUCAAGAUGUGUAGGAGUUGCCAGUGAUCUUUUGCCUGAGGGUGAUUGGUAUUGCCCUGAGUGUAUGAUCAAUAGGCAUAAACCUUGGAUGAAACUCCGCAAGUCACUUCGAGGUGCAGAGUUAUUAGGAAUUGAUCCUCAUGGUCGACUAUAUUUUAAAAGCUGUGGCUACCUAUUGGUAUCAGGCUUCUGUGAUGAUGAAUCUGCAUUCAAUUACUAUCACAGAGAUGAUCUAAACAAGGUAAUUGAAGUGCUCAGGUCUUCAGAAUUUUCCUAUAAUGGGAUAUUAUUGGAAAUCUUUAAGCACUGGGACAUCUCUACUACCUAUAAUGGAGUAGUUAGUAGCAAGUCCCUGGACCGAUUAGAACUAUCAGAAACAUGUGGUGCUAAAAAUGAGACUCAUGAAAAGUUUUGUAAUCUUGGUUCUGAUGUUUCAAAUUCUGUUCAAGUGCUGAGGACGCCCAUCAUUCAGUAUGAUUCAAAUAAUCUUGCUGAUAUUUCAAAUCAAUCAGAUUUGGUAGGAAAGUUUCACCCUGAAGACUCUUCUUUGACAUCUAUUUGCUUGAAUGCCAGACCAGAGAGCAAUGGUUCUAUUCAUCUUGGAGAAAUUUCAUCUGCUAUAACAGCUAGAAAACAGGGCACUUCAGAAGUACAUUAUGGAAUUGGUUACAUGAAUUACUACAGUUUUGGCCAAAUUGCUUCAUCUGUUGCUGAGGAGUUCAUGUCUAAAUCAUCAGAAAGAAAUAAGGAAGGCACUGGAAUAACAGAAGAGGAUUUAAUAUCUGCACAGAUGAAGACCAUUAUAAAAAUAUCUUCAAAGUUUUCCUGGCCAAAUAUUGAGAGCUUAAAAAUAGAUGUGCAGAAAGAGAAAUGUGGUUGGUGCUUCUCAUGCAAAUUUCCUGCAGAUGAUAGGAAUUGCUUGUAUAUUACGAGUAUGCUUCCUUUACCGGACGUUUCGAAGUCUGAUGCAGUUGGACUUCAAUUGAAAAUAAUCCCCAGCGAUCAUCUUAAUGAUGUCAGCUGUCAAAUUUUAUCCAUUCAUGAUCGCCUGCUUGGGCUGUUGUUGGGUCCGUGGUUGAAACCGCAUCAUACAGAAUUCUGGCGGAACAGUCUUAUUAAUGCAUGUGAUCUUGCAUCCGUUAAGCAUUUGCUGCUCCUGCUAGUGGAGAAUUUGCACCAUCGUGCUUUGUCUGCAGAUUGGUUGAAACAUGUGGAUUCUGUUGUUACCGUGGGUUCAGCUUCGCAUGUUGUGACUUCAUUACGUGCAACCUCAAAGAACAUGAAUAGCAGAAAGAGGCCCAAAUUUUCAGAUAAUGACAAUCCAUCUUCAAAUGCCGGCAGUGGAUUGGGAAUGUUUUGGUGGAGAGGUGGCAGGCUUUCUCGCCAGGUGUUUAGUUGGAAGAUUUUGCCUCGGUCCUUGACAUCUAAGGCUGCCAGACAAGGUGGGUGCACAAAAAUAAUGGGUAUAUUGUAUCCUGAGAAUUCAGAAUAUGCAAAGAGAAGCAAAUAUGUUGCCUGGCGAGCUACUGUUGAGACUUCAACUAGUGCAGAACAUCUUGCUUUGCAGGUUAGGGAGCUUUAUUCAAAUAUUAGGUGGGAUGAUAUUGAGAACACACACGUUCUGCCUACGUUGGACAAAGAAUCUAUAAAAUCAAUCAAGCUUUUUAGGAAAGUCAUUGUCCGUAGGAAGUGCUCUGAAAAGGGGGUGGUCAAGUAUCUUCUUGAUUUUGGAAAGAGAAGAGCAAUCCCCGACAUCGUCAGGAAACAUGGUUGUGUGCUUGAAGAACCAUCCAGUGAAAAGAAAAAGUUUUGGCUUGAAGAAUCAUAUCUUCCUCUGCAUCUUUUGAAAAAUUAUGAGGAGAGAAAAAUUGUCCGGAAGUCUAAUGAUGGGAAGUCUGGCAAAGCUCUUCCUGUUGAUAGAGUAAUAAAGCGUCCCCAGGUUGAAAAGGGAUUUGCUUAUUUGUUUGCCAAAGCAGAAAGGUCAGAGUAUUAUAAGUGUGGACACUGCCGCAAAGAUGUCCUGAUAAGGGAAGCUGUGAGUUGUCAAGUUUGCAGAGGAUUUUUCCACAAAAGGCAUGCAAAGAAGUCUGCGGGAGCCAUUGUUUCUGAGUGCACAUAUACAUGUCACCGGUGCCAGAAUGGGGUCUCUGCGAAGAUUGUUCCAAAAAGUGGGAAAGUAGAUAAAAAGAAAGGAAAAGUUGGUACAAAAAAAGGGAAAGUUGGUACAAAAAUAGAGAAAGGAAAGUCGCAGAAAUUAAAAAAUUCUCAAACUGAACGCAGAUCACUACGUUUGAGAAGCAAAAGGAAAGGUUUAGCUGGAGGAAAAAAGGUACAAUUGAAAAAUACCAAAAAGGUUCCGGUAAGUCUACCUUUACGUCGCUCUCCAAGGAAAAGUAAGUGCUUGACAUUGCAAAAUAAAAAGCAGAGCAAAUGCAAGAAAGGAAAACAAAGCAAAUCCAAGAAGGGUACGUAUAAGACAUCUAAGACGGCGGCUUCAUGGCAGAAGAAGAGAACACAAGUUUACCGCAGUUACUGGCUAAAUGGUCUCCAGUUGUCUAGAAAGCCAACUGAUGAACGUGUAAUGCUCUUUAGGGAUAAAAAACUAAUUGCGAUCUCUGGCUGUUCCUCUAUCAUUCUUGGUCAACUCAAAUGCCAGCUCUGUUGUGAAGCAGAAUAUGCAUCUACUUUAGAUUAUAUCGGGUGUGAACUAUGUGGAGAGUGGUUCCAUGGAGAGGCUUUUGGGCUGGGUUCAGAAAACAUCGAUAAGCUUAUUGGAUUCAGAUGCCAUGUGUGUCGUAAAACGGAACCUCCUGUCUGUCCCAAUUCGGUAGUUGUGGAUACUGAUAUGUCCCAAUUACCUGAAGCUCGAAAUGAUGGUUCUCUUGAUUGUUCAGAGGAAGUACCUAAUGCAGUCCCGACUUUGAGUGAGAUUACAUGCAAAUGAGAUAAUUUUCCAUUGCAAGAUGAAUCCUUCAUUUGGUUCAUGUUAUGAUUCAUGUGAUCGUAAGAUCGUACAUAAAGGGAUUCUUAUUGGUGGGAUCACAUGCAUAAUUUUGAAAGGAGUACGUUUCACAGUUCAUUCACUCAAGAUUCUCGACAAGGACAGUGCGGUCUGAUAAGGAGAUGUGGGAGGUCAGAAAAUACAUCCAUACAAUGAAGAAAUUCGUGCCGACGAAGCCAUAUUUCAAGAAACCAUCGUGAUGAGCAUAUGAAUUGACAGAACAAGCCAAAUUGAUCAAAUUGGAAACUCCUCAUAUUGGGUUCCCAGGAGGGACAUUUUAUAGAGUUGCCUGACAUUAUAUGAAUUGAUCGAGAUUUUUUUUUCAUCCUGGGCUGAUCGAUAUUGGUUCAUGUAGCUGUCGGUAAUUAUUGUAAUUCUUGAAAUUUAAUCUAAUUAGAGUAGAGAAGUCAAAUAGUUGUCUUAGGAGAUGGGUAGACAUUUAGAAAAUAUACAAUUUUUUUUUCCGCCAAAUAGAUGUACAACAGUUCAAGAUUAGGUUACCAACUUACCAUGGUGUUUUGUUUCAGGGCGGGGGUAGAGACUAGGUAAGUUAGAUGAUUUACAUUUUUUCUUCCAGUAUUAGACGAUGCCAUCACUGAACUUUGCCAUGGUGUUACUAAAAUUGCUAUCUAAUUGUCUUUCCCUAUCUGUCCCAAGCAUUCCAUUUGGAUGAGCUGUGAGGGGGGUUGUGGUUGUGUUGUAAACCAUCUUCUAGAUGAAAAAUAGAAAAGUAAUUGGACAGAAAAGUCUGUCAGGAUUUGUAUUGAUUUUAGUGGUAUGUACUAGGAUCUGGGAAUUCAGGUCAGAGUUGACAAGGUUGCGUCUAUGGUGUUGUUUUGUGUAUUCCAACUGCAUAGAGCCUCAAAGAACUGAUUGAAAAUUAAUCUGUUCAUUUGAAGAAUUUGAAAUUCACUUCACCUUUGCAUUAA